UCAUCAGCAUGGCUCCCAUGAAGACGUGUACCGUUCCUCCUUCGGUACUCGCGAUUCUAUUCGUCGCUUUCUUCUGCUCAACACGAGAAGCUCAGGGCCAAGAAACCAUCACGGCUCCGCAAGAAUGUUCGGGAACCUUCAAGGUCCACUCGACGCAAGUGACCCUCCUGGUCCAGCAGCGCGUGACGUCACGGGACGACGUGGUCAACUGCCAGUACGUCUUCGAGGCCCCCGAAAGUGCGGGUCUGCUCGUUUUCGCCAACGGCAUCACCGCCAUCGAUGACGGCGAAAUACCAGGGUGCCCCGUGACGAUCUACGACGGGGACAACCAGCAGGUUUCAUCGCUGUGUGGCCAUUACGACACGGCGGUCAUCCCAGUGAGCUCUUCCAGAGUCACCGUCGCGUACCGUCCAGAGUACCAGGGCAGUCCGUACACGCUUACUCUUGACCUCCAGGUGACCCGCAGUGAUGAUGACACCAGUGUGCUCUGCGCUGACGCUGAACUUCAUGCUGUUCCGUCGGUUCCGGUCAAGUAUGACGUCGUGCUUAGAGACGACGGAAGUGCGAGCGACGAUGAACAAGUCUGCGACUAUAAGGUGGUCAGUAACGCCGUCAAUGAGACCUUGAAGACAGGUUGUCUUCUUACGAGCGGGGGUGACUGUUCUUACGAGGUCCUGCUGAGUAACGGGAGCCAGCUUGAUCCAGCUCCUGGUCUGAUCAGUCUGGCCGAGGUUGGGGGCCAAGUUACGGUCAGACUUCAUCCUAGAAGCUUAUCUGGGGUUCUGGCCCUAACUUUACCUGGGGACUUUGAGCCUGUGUUCAGUCUUGAGAGACCGCCGAACGCAACGGAAAUGCCUGUGGCAACAACUGAGACGAGCGAUGGUUCUGAUGUAAACAUGACCGACGAUGGUCAGGAUGUGAGUACCCCACCUACACACGGCAGCACUGAUGGUGGCAACCAUGACGACUGUGAUCAUCAUGGUGACCAUGAUCAUGAUAAACCUGGUCAUGGUCAUGAUAAACCUGGCCAUGGCCAUGGUGAUGAUGAUGACGACGACGUCGACGACGAUGAUGAUGAUGAUGAUGAUGAGUGGGAGCAUGGUGGCCACCAUGACAGCGAUGAUGAGGACGAGUCGUUCUGGGAUAGCACAAUAACCUGGAUUUGGACUAUUGAGUACACAAUGGUGUUCACCAGCUACAGCAUCAAGUCUUGGUUCUGGAGCUGGUUCUGAUGGAAUCGUUGGCAGAUAUGCAAAUUCGUCGGCAUGCCCAUUUGGGUUGUUGUGACGCAUAUGUAGGUGUAUAACCUAUAGUAUGCCGUAGUGUUCGUGUGAAAUGAUUGUUGGGAUGUGCGAAUGAACGAGGGACGACUUUUAAAUAUUAAUAAAAAGUAAAAACAUUGUGGUCA